UGAUGCUGCAGCCAAGAUGGCGCUGGCGGCGGCCGCGGCGGCCUGAGCGUCAUGCUCCGGGUUCUCGGCGGCGGCUGCGGCGGCUGUGGCCUCGGCCAGGGCCUCGAGUCUCUCCCGAGAGCGAGCGCUCCGGCGCCUCUCCUCCGGCCCUGUGAGGCGGGACCGAGAGGAGACCGCCGUGAAGAGAGGAAGCUGUGAGGCACAGCGAGAGAGCGGCGCUCGAGCCGGGCAGGCACCAUGGCCGGGAUCAUCAAGAAACAGAUCCUGAAGCACCUCUCCAGCGUCCCCUGUUGGCUGUGGUGGAGAUUGGUGCGCUGUGAAUUGUACAAUCACCUAAGUGAGCACCAGAAGAGGCUAAGAAACCCUGGCAGCUGGCUGCUUGCUCUCACCAGGAAUAGGGACCCCUUGUCUGAAUAUCCUGCCCAGAUUUACCAAAAACUUGUCUCCUGACAAAAUCAAUCUAAGCACCCUGAAAGGAGAAGGGGAACUGAAGAACCUGGAGCUGGAUGAGGAGGUGCUCCAGAACAUGCUGGAUUUGCCCACGUGGCUUGCUAUCAACAAAGUGUUCUGUAAUAAAGCAUCCAUCAGGAUUCCAUGGACAAAACUGAAAACACAUCCCAUCUGUUUGUCUCUAGAUAAGGUUGUAAUGGAAAUGAGAACGUGUGAAGAACCACGAGCCCCUAAUGGUCCAUCACCAAUUGCGACUGCAUCAGGACAGAGUGAAUAUGGCUUUGCUGAAAAAGUUGUUGAGGGAAUUACUGUUUCUGUCAAUUCCAUUGUCAUCAGAAUUGGAGCAAAAGCUUUCAAUGCUUCCUUUGAACUAUCUCAGCUCCGAAUCUAUAGUGUCAACGCACACUGGGAACAUGCAGACUUGAGGUUUACUCGUGUUCAAGAUCCACAGAGAGGAGAGGUUCUGACAUUUAAGGAAAUAAAUUGGCAGAUGAUUCGAAUUGAAGCAGAUGCCACCCAAAGUUCACAUCUUGAAAUUAUGUGUGCUCCUGUUCGAUUAAUAACUAACCAGUCAAAAAUUAGAGUCACCCUUAAAAGAAGAUUAAAAGACUGCAAUGUCAUUGCAACAAAGUUGGUUCUAAUACUGGACGAUUUGUUAUGGGUUUUAACGGAUUCCCAAUUGAAGGCUAUGGUGCAAUAUGCAAAGUCUCUUAGUGAAGCAAUAGAAAAGUCAACAGAACAAAGGAAGAGUAUGGCUCCUGAACCUACACAGAGUGCUACUGCAGCCUCAUCUGUCCAGCAUGUGAAGAGCCCACAGGCUGUCAACACUCCCGAUCUAAAUGAUGCAAUUGUAAAAUGCUUCAAUGAUUAUGAUGUUAAGGAAACCUCCCAUCACCUAGUGAUUUCUCAUCUAGAUCUACACAUCUGUGAUGAUAUUCACACAAAAGAAAAAGAGUCAAAUAGACGUAUUAGUGGAGGUGCUAUGCAGCUCUCUUUCACACAGCUGACCAUAGAUUAUUAUCCUUAUCAUAAAGCAGGAGAUAGUUGUAAUCAUUGGAUGUAUUUUAGUGAUGCAACCAAAACAAAGAAUGGAUGGGCUAAUGAGUUGUUACAUGAAUUUGAAUGCAACGUUGAAAUGCUUAAGCAGGCUAUGAAGGAUCAUAAUGUGGGUUCACCUCCUAAAUCCCCAACACAUGCCUCUCCCCAGCACACACAAACAGAGAAAGGGACCCCUAAAGCAUCUUCAGUGUUAACUCAGCCGUCCAAAGCAAAGCUGAUGUCCAGCUCUGUUGUUGUUAGACUUGCAGAUUUCAAUAUAUACCAGGUAUCUACGGCAGAACAAUGUCGCUCUUCCCCCAAAAGUAUGGUUUCCUGCAACAAAAAAUCCCUGUAUCUUCCACAAGAAAUGUCAGCUAUCUAUAUAGAGUUCACAGAAUAUUACUAUCCAGACGGCAAAGAUUUUCCAAUUCCAUCCCCUAACCUGUAUAGCCAGCUGAAUGCUCUACAAUUUACUGUAGAUGAAAGAAGCAUUCUGUGGCUAAACCAGUUCCUGCUAGAUUUAAAGCAGAGUCUUAAUCAGUUCAUGACUGUGUACAAGUUGAAUGACAAUUCAAAAUCUGAUGAGCACGUUGAUAUUCGAGUUGAUGGCUUAAUGUUAAAGUUUGUCAUUCCUUCUGAAAUGAAAGCAGGCUGCCAUCAAGAUCAGCCUCACACAGUAUCUAUCCAGAGUUCCGAAAUGACCGCCACCAACACAAGGCACUGCCCAAACUGCCGGCACUCAGACCUGGAGGCUUUGUUUCAAGACUUCAAAGACUGUGAUUUCUUUAGCAAAACUUAUACUAGAUUUCCCAAAUCCUGUGACAGUUUUAAUCUUCUCCAUCCAAUCUUCCAGAGACAUGCUCAUGAGCAAGACACCAAAAUGCAUGAAGUUUAUAAAGGGAAUAUUAUUCCCAAAUUGAAUAAAAACACUCUUAAGACGUCUGCUGCCAGCGAUGUGUGGGCGGUGUACUUCUCCCAGUUUUGGAUAGACUACGAAGGGAUGAAAAGUGGAAAGGGACGGCCAAUAAGCUUUGUAGACUCCUUCCCUCUGUCCAUCUGGAUUUGCCAACCAACGAGAUAUGCAGAGUUACAGAAAGAGCUCCAGACUUGUGGUCAAGUGUCUCUGAAUACCUCCCAAAGUGAGUCCAGUGAUCUGGCUGGCCGAAUGAAGCGGAAGAAACUCUUGAAGGAGUAUUAUAGUACAGAGUCUGAGCCGUUGACAAAUGGUGGUCAGAGACCUGCAUCAGAAGCCUUCCUACGGUUUUCCUCUCCGUCUUCAGAUGCGGAUGUUCACGUCCUGGUCCGUGUUCAUAAGCAUGUCAGCAUGCAGAUCAAUCACUACCAGUAUCUGCUGCUGCUCUUCAUACACGAGUCGCUCAUGGUGCUUUCGGAUUCCCUGCGGAAGGAUGUGGAAGCUGUGACCGGCAAUCCUGCUUCUCACACUUCCGUUUGCAUUGGGGUUUUGCUUAGGAGUGCAGAGCUCGCCCUGCUGCUGCACCCUGUGGACCACGAGAGCACUUUGCGCUCUCCUGCUUCUGAAAGUGUGAGCCCGCUGCUUCCUGACUACCUACCCUCAGAAAAUGGGGGCCUUUUGUCUUCAAAGAGAAAACAAGGUGGGAGUGGUAUACAUCGAAUUAGAAAUGCUGCUCUUAAUCACAUGUCAGACAACAGAUCGAUGAGUGUUGACCUUAGCCAUGUCCCUUUGAAGGAUCCUUUGCUUUUCAAGUCAGCCAGUGACACAAAUCUGCAAAAAGGCAGUUCCUUUCUGGACUAUUUAUCAGAUAAACAUUUAGGGAAAAUAAGUGAGGAUGAAAGCAGUGGGCUUGUUUACAAGAGUGACUCAGGAGAGGUGAUGGCAGAAGUAAGUCACAGAAAGGAUGUGUCUUGCACAGACUCGGAUAAUGUCUUGAACUACAGAGAUGACUCAAAUAGGCUUUUACUGAAUAACGGUGGUAAUCAGAGUGCACCCUCAAAUGCGCUAGCUGGUAAAGGAAGUGGAACUAUAGAGUCUAUCUUCAGAGCUGAAGAUUUCUUUCCUGAAGGACCUUCAGUCCCUGAGAACCUGGAGGACAGCAAAGAAGAGGUCCCCACAGCCAGAUCACUCAAAUCCCAGCCAUCCGUAAGUGUAAAACCUAAGGAACGUUGCCCACCCACCCCAGCUCCACUCUGUGUUUCUUACAAGAACAUGAAAAGGAGCACCUCUCAGGUCUCCCUGGAUACCAUCUCACUGGACAGCAUGGUGUUGGAAGAGCCGUUGGAGAGCGAUGGAAGUGAUAGCCAUGUGUUGUUGGGAAAAGCAAUUAAAAGGAACUCAAGUACAAAUUGCCAGAGUCCUGCAGAGAGUGUGAACACUAAUGCAAAUAUGCAGAAUUGUGGGGAAGCCUCUCCCGAUGCCAUCAGUACUAACUCAGAGGGCGCUCUGGAGAGCCGUGAUGACCUGAUGUCAGUCGUGGUGUUUAAAAUCACUGGCAUUAAUGGGGAAAUUGACAUCCGGGGAGAAGACACAGAAAUCUGUCUUCAGGUGAACCAGGUGACACCGAGUCAGUUAGGCAACAUUAGUCUUCGGAACUACCUUGGAAACCGUCCAAUCGGUUCUGACCAGAAAGCUGUAAUUCAUCCCAAAUCCUCUCCUGAGAUUUCUCUGAGGUUUGAAAGUGGGCCUGGUGCUGUAAUACACUCUUUGCUUGCAGAAAAAAAUGGAUUUCUCCAAUGCCACAUAGAGAACUUUAGUACCGAGUUUCUAACAUCUUCUCUUUUGAAUAUUCAACAUUUUUUGGAAGAUGAAACUGUUGCAACUGUAAUGCCAAUGAAGAUACAAGUUUCCAAUACAAAGAUAAAUUUAAAAGAUGACAGUCCCCGGAGUAGCACAGUGUCCCUGCAGCCAAGUCCUGUGACUGUCCAUAUUGAUCAUCUUGUGGUGGAGAGGAAUGAUGAUGGCUCUUUCCACAUCAGAGAUUCUCACAUGUUUAACAAUGGAACUGAUUUCCAAGGCGACGCCGAUGCCAACCGUGACUCAGUGGUGCUGAGCAGCGGGAAGUGUGAUGUAAGGAAACAACACAGUGUCACCCAGGCCACUCAGACAAGCCCAGAGGUCCCUUGGCCUUCUCAGUCCAUCAGCUGUCCUGAACGCUCCUUUGAUUUUACAAGGGAACAGCUCAUGGAGGAAAACGAGUCUCUUAAGCGGGAGCUGGCUCAAGCUAAAAUGGCUCUCGCGGAGGCUCACUUGGCCAGAGAUGCUCUUCUCCAUCAAAUGAAGAGGAUGGCCCCUCAGUAGCUGGAGUGGCCGCAAGAACCGGACUGCAGCUCUGGAGGAGGAAGGUGGUGUCACAAACAUGGCUGUAACCAGUUAGUGGGAGAGUUUCCUUUACAUGAAAAUAAAACAAAACGGAGUGUGGUGAAGUGAUGACUAUUCCAGACUCAGUUUAGAAAACGUUGGGUGCGAGCGGUGCAGUCUGCUGGUGUGGUCCAGAGAAGGACGCACACACUGUAAAACAGUGGAAACUGUUGGUUCCUAAUUUCAGUGUCUCAUUAUAAACAUGUCAAAAAAAAUGAAGACCUGUUGUGCUCAUGCAGAUUGCUGAAUUUAUUUCUUUUUGUUAAUAAUUUACUAUUAUUUACAAAAGAAAAUCAGAUGCUUUUAGGGCUAAUGUAAAAGAAGGCUUACAUUUUAAAUGCUUUAAAAUUAUGUACUUAAAUCUAUAAUUAUUUAAUUGCUGUAAAAAGUCCAAUCAGAUUAAUAAAUUAUAUAAUUACUGAGUUUACAAACUGAAAACUCUUGACCCUGCUGAGCUUAUAAAGUAACUUGAAAAUGUGAAAAGAAGGGCACCUUAAAUGAUGGAUAACGUUUCAAUAAGGUACAAAUGUAAAAUAAAAAGCACAACUCUUAGAGUAUGUGGGCGAUUGACUUAAAAGCAUUACUUGUACAUUCCAUUAAAUGUUCAGUAGAAGUAAAAAAAAACAAUUUAUCUUGCUAUAUUUGGCAGUAUUUGUAACUAUUAAAUUUUAAUCAAAACUAUUUUAAUAUUUCUUUAUCUUUCUUCUUUAAGGAGAAUGUUUUCACAUAAUUUGUUUUUCACUCACAUAAAACAAUUUCAUACCAUUCCUGUAGUAUCAUAUUACACAUGUUUUCUCGUAUAAAAAUAUAAAGCUAGUUUUGAUUAAAUUUCUGUGAUGUGUGUCUAUGUGUGUUUACAUGUGUGCACACACAUACACACAAUCUUCUAUAAGAGUGAUUGGUAAAUUUUGAAUUCUAUUUUCUAGGGGUUAAGGUUGAAAACAACAUGAGAGAAUCUUAAUUAUGCAUUAUGAAAUAAAAGUACAUGAGUAUUUUAAGAAACAGGUUUUUGAAGACAAUAUAUUUCUGAUAGAAUUAAAGUUAAGUGGUGUCUAUUUUAAACCUCACAUUCCUAAAUAUAAAUAUAUCUAAGAUAAGCCACGAGACAGCUGGACUGUUCUUUCUUAAAGGUACUUGGGAACCCUGGCCCUCGCUGUGACAUUUAUGGUGCUUUGUUGUUGGCAGGACUUAUAGCCAUCCCUGUACCUGAGAACUAGACAGAAACUACAUACUUUAUUACAUUGUGUGUUGGACUGAUACAAAUUUUAUUGUGAACAGUAUUUACCCUCCCUUUCCCCAUAUCUUCCCUUUCAGUUGGCAUCAUUUAAAAGUAUGGACACUGUUUGACAGCCAACAUACAGCCAAGAACAAAUAAAAUUGUCACUAUCUUACCUCAGAGUAUUCACACCAUCACGCUAUACUCUGUUACUCUAACCUGUAUGUAGCCUUAGAGUAAGUGCAAAGGUCUACUUAGAGCUUUAGAAUAUAGAGCCUGCUAACUUUUGAUGUCUAGGCAUGUACUCAGCACAAGCAGAUCAUACAGGAGAUGGAUGGGACAUGAACUGAGCUGACACUGUUUCUCAGGAUUGACCUAUUCUGCAUAAAUAUAAAACUUUUCUAUGGUAUAAUGUUAUAUUGCUUAAUGUUACUAGACACUGAAUGUUUCCUUAUUCCCUUAAAAUGUAUUUGGCUUUCCCAAGAAAUCAUAUAAACAACAGAGGUGAUAAUA